CUCCUCCCUCCGUCUGAAAGCUCGAAAUUCCUCUUCUUUUUUUUCUCUCUCUCUCUCUCACUGGCUUUCUUUCAUGGCUUCCAAGAAGGCGUCCGAUCUACUACUACUACUCAAUGCUGCCACCACUGGUUCUAUCCGUACGGUCGUGCGCCAGCUGUUCUCCCGGCUGGUCUUUUCGCUGCAGAUGGAGUGCUCCCUGUCCAUGGAGAUAGUUUCCUUCUGGCUGUGGCUGGAAGGCAAUGGCCACCCCGAUUUCCUCGCGAGGGUAGAGUCGCUUGACAACCACCGUCUCCGGGGGAUCGCCUUCGCCGGGAAGAUGUUCAUCGAAGGUCUGCGCCGUAGGUCCAGCGGCGGCCACUUGAACAGCCGCGGAUCUGUGGAGGAGGAGGAGGAGGAAGAAGAAGGCUAUUUCCAGGAAGAAGCCAUGGAAGGUAUCGUCUUCUACCUCAACAACUUCUGCUACGAGGCUCUGGAAGACAUUCUAGAGAUAGCGGAGGCCAAGGAACGUGUCGUCUACCACCGUGCCCGUGGCAACCAAGUUCAGCAGCAGCAGCAGCAGAGCAGCAAGGGUAAAGCUCCCAUGAUGAUGAGCACGAAGGAUCUCUUGUCUAAGAUCAAGGCCUCCUUUACUACUGCUGCUCGGAGCAGCCAUGAAGAAGGCUCGACGAGUUCUAGAAGCAUGCCAUCGCCCAAGAAACAGGUCCUCAGAGACAUAGAGAACCCAAUCGACCAGUGCCUGUCAACGACGACGUACCCUUUGGCGACCCUUUUCGAUUCCCUGAAGCUGAGGGACGAUGAUCCAGAAGCCGAUCCAGCUAUCAUCAAGGUGCCGCGACGACGACAGCCCAGUAUUGUACCACGUGACGAGAGAACUCUCUUCGUGACUUUCUCCAACGGAUACCCCUUCACCGCGGAUGAACUGUACGAAUUCUUUAUGGGGAACUUUGGAGGUGUUGAAGUCAUAUGCGUGGAGGAUCCAAUCGAACCCAGACCACCGCUCUAUGCGCACAUCACAUUUUUCACGCAGGAGACGAUCCUCCACAUCCUCCGUGGGAGCGCAAGGGUGAAGUUCGUGAUACGAGGGAAGCAUCUGUGGGCUCGCCAGUUCGUUCCAAAGCGGAAGAAAGUUCGGAACUGAUCUAGCUAGUACGUGUCUGCCUGUAUGUUGGAUCGGAGCUCAUGCAAAUGCAAAUAAAAAUAAGAUAUUGGAAUAAAACCACCAUCCCCAGCUACCUCUUUCUCCUUAUAAUAUAAUAACCCCUACAUAUAUGGAAGCUUACCCGGCCGGCAUGGUUAAUAAUGUUUGUGUGAUGAUGUGAGAGCAUCGACGACAAUGUUGUCUUAUGUAAUGCUACCUGGUGGUAUACACAUGCCUGGUGGUAUACACAUGUACCUGACUAUACCUGAGGAUGUUUAACUUCAAACCAUUUCUGUUGUGUGCAUGCUCC